AUUUCCCUCACCGAUCUCCGCCAUCUGGCCGUGGAUGUGGGUUUGUCUGGCGGCUCGUCCGUGUGGAAACGGCGUCGCUGGAAAUGAAGGAAAAUGAAAAUGAAAAUGAGCUUCCCUCCCUCCCACCUCCUCACCCGCCUCCCCCCUGGGUUUCUGCUGAAUGAAAACUCUCCCCAAAGUUGAGCCAACAGGCAGGUGGACGCGCUGCAGUGCGCGCAGAGCAGCUCCUCUGUUUGGCCCCGGGUCGCUCUCUGUGCACGGUCCCUGCGCGCCCUUUGGAAGGCGCGGGUUGCAGCUGUGACGUGGGCGUCGUUGUUCCAUUCAGCGGCCUCGUCAUGGCAACGGGGCAGAAGCUGGAAGCACGCGGCCCUCCUCUCCGGAGCGCGUCCUGAGGCCACGAGGGCAGCUGGAAGUUUGAAACGCCCUCAGAUAUAUUCUCAGAUAUGCAGCCUCAGCUCAGAUCUGUAGGUCUGAAGAGUUCAAAACACGACUUAAAGCGCAACCUGUGCAACUUUUACGCUGCGUUUUGACGCACGCAGCGCUAAAAUGUGACCCAGUGACCUACAUCAAAGCAGUGUGAGGGAACAGAGGAAGCUUUUCUGUUUACUCUCCUCCACUCCGGGCUCCGGCUGCUGCAGGACCGCUACUAUUGUUGGGCAGAGUGAUCGGGCUUUCUGCACAAUCUCCCGUGACCAAUGAGCGGGGUGCUGUCAGGGGUAACCACAUCUGUCAACCGUUCUUGGCCAAUAAAGAGCGGAGCGAGGCGGACCACAGGUGCGCGCCUCUGCGUCCCCUUGGCACAGCGCCCGGGAGAUGCUGGAGAGAGACGCCGAGCUGCCCCGUGGCGCAAAAGAGUUCCUGUCAGCAGCCUCCUUUCAACUCCGCGCUCCGCUCCGGCUCGCACACCGAUGGCGACCGCCACGUCCAACCACUACAGCGUCCUCAGCGCCCCCAGCAGCGCGCCGCCGCCGCACUCCGAGUCCGGGAGCAUGCAGCAGGCGGCAGCGUACAGGGACGCGCACACCCUGCUCCAGAACGACUACGGCUCGUUACCGGGCGGUGGACAUCCGCUCAGCCACGCGCACCAGUGGAUCACGGCGCUGUCUCACGGUGACAGCGGGGCGCCGUGGCCGUCUAGUCCCCUCGGAGAGCAGGACGUGAAGCCGGUGCUGCAUGACAGUGACCGAGAGGAGCUGCAGAACUCCAGCAGUCUGCAGCAGCAGCAGCAGCAGCAGCAACAGCGACACCCUCACCUCCACCAGCAGCAUCACGACGCCAGAGGAUGGAGAAGCAGCGCAGCCAGCACGCACAUCUCCGCCAUGGCGACGUCUGAGGGCCAGAGCCUGGUCUACUCCCAGCCCAGCUUCGGGCUGAUGCCGGGGGGUGGAGAGCAGGGCGGGAUGCACCACCAUCCGCUGCGGGACGACGACCACCACAGCCACAGCCCGCACCUCAGCGAGCACGGAGGCGGCCCCGGGGCCCACCAGCAGCCUCUGUCCCACCAGCAGCAGCAGCAGCAGCACGGGGGCCACCAGCAGGACCAGUCGGACGAGGACACGCCGACCUCGGACGAGUUGGAGCAGUUCGCCAAGCAGUUCAAGCAGCGGCGCAUCAAGCUGGGCUUCACGCAGGCGGACGUGGGUCUGGCGCUGGGGACGCUCUACGGGAACGUGUUCUCCCAGACCACCAUCUGCAGGUUCGAGGCGCUCCAGCUGAGCUUCAAGAACAUGUGCAAACUCAAGCCGCUGCUGAACAAGUGGCUGGAGGAGGCGGACUCCACGUCGGGGAGCCCCACCAGCCUGGACAAGAUCGCGGCUCAGGGGCGCAAACGGAAAAAGAGGACCUCCAUCGAGGUGGGCGUCAAAGGCGCUCUGGAGAGCCACUUCCUGAAAUGUCCAAAACCCGGAGCGGCGGAGAUCAACUCGCUGGCGGACAGUCUGCAGCUGGAGAAGGAGGUGGUCCGGGUCUGGUUCUGCAACCGGCGGCAGAAGGAGAAGCGGAUGACGCCCGUCGGGGGGCAGAUACCGGGAGGAGAGGACAUGUACGGGGACACCCCUCCGCACCACGGAGGGCAAACCCCGGUGCAGUGACCGGAACGGGGCCGCGGGACCCGGAACCCUCCACGUUUCUUUUAUCAACCGAGCCGGAGCCGCUCGGGACUGGAUUCGGUGUUCGGUGGCACCGGGGCUCUGAAAAACACUCUGGACGGAGCGGAUGGAGGCACCGCGGCGCACCGGGCUGCUGCUGCUGCCUGCCAGCCCCCGAAAUUAAAUUAAACCAUCCUAAAAAAAAAAGGAGAAAAAAAGAUGAAGACAUUGUGUGGGACGCGGGGCUCCACCGGAACCGGGAGACAAAAGCAGCGGGAGGGCUGGAGUCGGUAAAUAAACGCCAUCUUUCACCAUAACAAAAGCAACAGGGGUUCUCCAGGAGGCAGAAAGAAAGCUGCACCAGCUCCCCUCACCACCGUUAUUAUUAUUAUUAUUAUUAUUAUUAUUAUUAUUAUUUGUGCGUAAUUUUUGGUGAUUUCUCCAAAUUUCUGGUGAUGUUUUGGCUGCAGCUGCAUCCACGUUCAACCUGCUUUAAUAGAAUAAUGAUCAAAUAAAAACAAAAAUUACAACAGUAACAAUAAUAAUAACAAUAACAAUAAUAACAACAAUAAUAAUAUUAAUAAUAAUAAUGAAGAUGAUGAUGAAGAAGAAGCUCCUCUCUGCGCCUGUUUACAGUGUUUUUUCUGCUCCUUUUUUCCUCCUAAAUGCUGUGAAAAACGACAUAAAGACACCCGGAGACUCUCUGGAUCCAGCUCGUCUUGCCUUCCUUUCCUAAACAAAAACAAACAACAACAAACAAACAAAUAAAAACAAACAGGACGUGACUGUCUCCUGCUACCAGCUCUUUGGCCUCAGAGCCUCACAUUUUCCUCCAGACUGUGACGCGCAGAGGACGAUCCGUGGGAUGUAUGAUUAUUAUUAUUAUUAUUAUUUGUUUUUAUUUGUACUGCUCCGUUUGUUUGUUUGUUUAUCUGUCGGUCAGUCUGUGCCAAAGCACAAACACAGACACGUGUUCUUGUGCCACUUUAAAAAUCCUGUGACUAUUAUUCUUAUUAAUAAUAACCUGAUCUGAUGUUUGUUUGGAGGAUUUUUUAUUUUUUUUGUUUGUUUUUGUUUGUUUUUCAUCCUCUGAAGCAAAAAUCUGAAGUUAAAAGGGAAAAAAACGCAGAAACUCAAAACUAAAAAGCAGCUGCAGGAAUUUAGAUGAAAUGUUUGAGUAAUAAUUUAAUAAUAAACCCAUAAAAUAUGAAUAUUUACAGAAGAGCAAUACACACGAAGGGCAUUUUUUUAUUAUUUUAUUUUAUUUAUGAAUGCAGGUGUUGCAUAAUAAUAAUCAUAAUAACAAUAAUUCGACCUGGAUUUAUGUUUUUCUCCGUUUUUACUGUGAUUCAUUUGAAAUCCUGCAGCUGCGUUUGAGUUUUCUGUUGGUAAAAAUAAUAAAUAACUAAAUAUAUAUAUAAAUAAAUAUAUAUAUAUCAAUAAAAACCAAAACAAAACAGCAUCGACCUGAAAUCUGUGAUACUAAAAACUGAAGUGGGAGGUUUUAAAAAAAAGUAAAUAUGAAAAGAAAAGAAAAAAAAUCAACGAUUGCACAAUUUCUAUCUGCUUUUUGUCAUUAAAUCGUAUUUGUUUUCUACA